AUGAAACAAAACGAUUUGAACGCAAGACUAAAGGUUCGAACAGGAUGUUCGGUUUGCAAGAUUCGGCACGUCAAAUGUGACGAGAAGAGACCGUUUUGUACCAAGUGCACCUCGACUGGUCGCACGUGUAGUGGUUACGUGUCGCCACCACCGAGAAAGAUAGGGAAACGCCGCUCCAAGUAUGACACGCCGAACAUGCCACUAGGUCAGCGUGUCGCUGUUUACCCUGCCUCGCACAACUCUGCCACAGCCUCGGUGGCUGCGUAUGCAACUCAUGCAUGGCAAUUUCCCCGAUACAUACAUUGUUGUGCCUUCAGCAAAGCCGAGUGGGACGAAACGCGAAGCCUCCACUACUACCGUGUACGCGUCUCGAAGAGGAUCUCUAGCUGCUUCGAUGUAAACUUUUGGGAGAACACCGUUCCGCAGAUGACUGAGGAGGAGCCUGCUAUAAGGCAUGCUAUUGUUGCGCUAAGCUCAUACUAUGAGGCUGGCGAGUUGUCACGGCUGUCUGAGUCUCGUUCUGCAGUAGGUCGACACUCUUAUCUAGUGCGGCUCGCAAUCUAUGAACACAACAACGCCAUCAGCACGCUACUCAACCAAAUCCAUACGAAAGGGCAACUUACCGAGGUAGUCGUGAUGUCCUGUCUAAUCUUUGCCUGGUUAGAGUUCCUGCAAAACAAUGUUGACGACGCCUUGAAACAUCUGCGAAGCGGUCUCCGCAUCCUGGCGGAGCAGCAGCAGACGCCGUGUCUUCAACAAGUAGCCAUGCAAGUGGCUCACAUCUCCGGUCGUUUGAUUACCCAAGCUAUGCUGCACGGGUACUCUACAGUAGAGUUCGACUACUCCGCUAUCAUGCAUAGCAUGGGUUCUCGCUCCUCCAGUUUUGCUACCUUGAGAGAUGCUCGACGUGAUUUGGAUGGGAUGAUAAAUGACGCAUUUUGCUUCCUUGGCCAGCUUGAGAAUCUAGGCUACACCGAGUCACACCAUGGGCGUAGCACGCUUCCAGACUUUGGGUCUCUUAGAGACGAAUAUCAAGACCACGUCCGCAAUUUUGACCAGUGGAGAAAGGCCUUUGGCGGAUUGAGGGAUCGGAUUGCAGCCGGCGUAAUGAAGGUCAAUGUGGUUCAAGCCAUGCAUCAGCUUGAGCUCUGUUACUUGCUAAUCUCGAAUACUUUCGAGACCCUAUUUGCCACGACACCUAUGGUCUACGAUGAGCACAAUCACACCUUUGCUCGCAUACUGUACCUCAGCAAACAGCUUCGUCAGUAUCAAAUACUUCACGAAUCUAAUUCUCUGUUUACGAUUCCAUUCGACUACAGCAUCCAGGGUGCACUAUUUUACAUCAUUCUUCGAUGCCGCCAUCUACCCAUUCGGAAGGAGGCGAUGCAGCUUCUUCAGCUCUGCCCGGAUCACGAGGGUCUCUGGCCGCACGCAUGCUUAGUUGCGUUCUGCAAGUGGAAGAUUGACUUUGAGGAGAAGGGGAGACCACAGGGGGCGCUUGAAACCGACCCGCUACCGGUGAACGCUCGAGUGCAUGGUGAGGAGGCACGAUGCCUAGUCAAGGACAUUCAAACCCUGGUAGUUGUGAGUUACAAGCGAGGAGUCUUAAAUGGUCCUGUUGGUGUCACAUCAGACGUAGAAGAGGUCACAAACAUGAGCACGAGAUUAGUCGGGUUACUAAGGUUGUGGAGAGCUUGGCCACUGUACCCUACUAUCAAGCUAAAGGACACAUUGCAUCUUUCUCGAGAUUUCUAG